AUGUUAUCGUUGUUUAUCUCUCUGUCGCGCAGUGCAGAUGCAGCACAAUUGAAAGGUGUCUCACCUUGGAUGAUUGGAUCCAAUACUGCACGUCAAGUACUCUUUCAAUAUGCACCAGAGGAUUUAACAGAUUUCACAAUUUAUAUAGAUGAUCUUAAACUUAGCUGCGAUUCAUCAAAGAAAGGUUUUGUUAACUGCACAGCACCAGCACUCAAAAUGGGUUUACAUCAUGCAAAAAUAAACAAUUCUGAAAAUACAAUUGCAUUAAUUGUUGUCAAUUGGACUGUUACAAUUGUAAUCGUUGCAGUUUUAUUCGGACUUAUUGGUCUUGCAUCAUCAAUUAUAUCAUAUAUUACUUGCAUGCUUAAUAAAAAGAAUAAAAUUACAACAGAUGACUUGGAACCACUAGUUCCAAAAAAUCAAAUAAAUACUGACGACAAGAACCUACAAAUGAGAUCGAAACGUGAAAAUAUGAUAUAA